UGAGAAAUGGGUUCGCCAUAUGGCUCACAACCUUAGACAAUUUAUAGUGUGGCCUGAAAGGGAGGACAUACAAAAAACUAUGCCUAAUUGUUUCAAGCGUUCCUUUGGUGCAAACACAGCAGUUAUUAUUGAUUGUUUUGAAAUUUUUAUUGACAAACCAUCAAGUCUAGCUGCUAGAGCAAUCACCUGGUCACAAUAUAAACACAAUACCAUUAAAUUUCUUAUAGGCAUCACUCCACAAUGUACUAUAUCUUUUAUAUCUAAGGCUUGGGGUGGUAGGGUUAGUGAUAAAUACUUAACAGAAAAUUGUGUCAUUUUAAACAAACUUUCACCUGGAGAUUUAGUUUUGGCUGAUAGGGGAUUUACAAUAGCAGAUAGUGUUGGGCUUUAUUGUGCAAAGCUUGCUAUUCCUGCUUUUACAAAGGGAAAAAAACAACUAUCAGCUUUGGAAGUGGCUGAGACAAGAAAGAUUGCAAAUGUUCGGAUUCCUGUAGAAAGGGUUAUUGGGUCAGUUAGACAAAAAUACAAAAUUCUAAGUGACACUUUACCACUGGAUUAUUUAAAUGAAAAGGGCAAUCCUUUAAUAGAUGAUAUAGUGACCACUUGUUGUGCAUUGAUUAAUCUUUGUCCAGCUAUUGUGCCUUUUGAUUAAUUUGAGUAUUUAAAAAUGCCAUUUAUUGUUGUCAGCACAAUUUAUUGUUACCAGGUUGUAUUUUAAUAUUUAAUAAAAAA